AUGAUGAAACAAUCAUCAGUACCGAUGGUCCAUACUCGUUAUGUUCCAGUACAAGAACAUGGCAGCUUUGAGCCUCAGCAGAGCUUUGAGCCAAACCGUCGCCCGAUUCUGGGAUGGAUAUGGGAGAUUUUAUCACUGUUGGCCUGCUUUGGAUGUCUGGCUGCUGUCGUGGUCAUUUUGGUCAUGAUGAAGGAUCAGCCACUGUCAAAAUGGACAUUUAUCAUGAGCAUCAACGCCACAGUUGCUCUCUUCAUUACUGCCUCGAAAGCCGCCGCCAUGUUUUCGGUUGGAGCUUGUCUGGCCCAGUCAAAAUGGUUUCAUCUUGCAAAGUCUCCAAAGAAGUUGAGAGACCUGGACCUUUUCGAAGAGGCCAGUAGAGGGCCCAUGGGAGCACUCGGUCUCUUAUACCUAACUGGGUUCAAAAUUGGUUUCGCUGUUGCCAUAGGAGCCCUCGCAACACUCCUCGCAUUGGGAGUUGAUACCUUUGGCCAGUUGGUGGUCGAUGUGAGUGGGACGAGACCUGUAGAGGUCAAUGAUGGGAAAGCAUCAUUCGGCUACACUCACAUGUACGAUAGCGGUGUACUUACCCAAGCCACCAAUGGUGGUCUUACGGUGGAGACAUCUACGAUCGAUACCAGUAUGCAAGGGGCCAUCUACAAGGCAUUGUACAAUGUCAGUACACAGCCCGUCUUCAAUUGUCCCUCGCAGUGUGUCUGGCCAGAUAGUUACAUAUCACUCGGUUUCGCAGCCGACUGUGCCGACGUGACCGCCGAGACACAGGCGACCAGAGUUGAGAUCGACGAGAAUGGGCCAAUAUGGUACAACAUGACGACACCGGGCAACAUCUCUAUCCAUGUGGGCUACUCACAGACAAGCUUCCUGACCCUAGCUCAAGUCGAAGCGCUGGAUCUUUUGAAAGCGGUUGAAAAGGGCAUGCCUUAUACAGAGCCAACAUCCAUCUCUUCUGAAUUCGUUCGAGUUGCCCUCGUCAACGCAACGAUUGACAAUGUCAACAGCGCCGACGUUGGCAUCUAUCCCGACGGUUGGAAUGUGUACGAGUGCAGCAUUAGAGUCGCAGCGUACAACUACUCGGACAUCUCUACAUCCGGUAACGACUUUAUCGGUGUUCCGAUAGCCAUUCCGCUGACUUCGGGCACAAUCCUCGGCACGGAGCUCACCUUCAACAAGUCUGGUCUGCCAUCGCUGACGGUACAAGGAAGAGAUCUCAAGGCCAUCAACAACCUGUUCACGUCCGACAGGUUCAGCGGUACCACUUAUUCCGGGGAAAGUUACCCCGACGAUGACACGGGCAUGAGCGCCGUGCUGCGCAAGGCAGAUUUGUCAAAGCUGUUUGACGGCCUGGCCACGAGCAUGACGGAUCAGCUGCGCUCCGGCUUCAACUUGACGGCGGAGGGACUGACUGUCCAGACGGAGACCUAUGUGCGGAUCAACUGGCAAUGGAUGUCUCUCCCCUUUGUAGUCCUAGCAGCGGCACUGGUGCUGCUGCUGAGCACCAUCGUCCGCAGCUUUGACAGGAGACCGCUGUGGAAGUCAUCAGUCACGGCCUUUUUGUAUCAUGAUGUCACUUUCAACGGCGGUCCAGCGGCUGUCCUGCAAUCAAAAGUCCAAAGCGUAAAAGAACUGGAAAAAUUGACAAAAAGAACAAAAGGAGCAGUCAGCAGUUAUUGA